AAGAAAUAAAAAAACCCCAAGAGAUUUUCCAUUUGUUCUCUGUAAGAAGCAAUCUUUCUCAGUUUCUCAGAUCUUUAAAUUAUUUUAAAUUUUUUAUUCCCUUUUUACAAAAAGCCUGUGUAAGAUUCUCUCUGUUAUAAUUUUUUUUCACUGUAAUGAAAAAAAAAAAAAACCAUUUUUAUAAUUCGAAGAAGAUCUAGCUAGAAAGAAAAUUCGCCUUGGAUUUUCCGGGAAAGUUACUGAAUUUCCUGGAAAGUUUUGGUUUUUCCUGCAACCCGGAUUUAGAUUUCACUUGGGUCCAAGAGGUUCUAGGGGUGUCUAGAUGGAUAAGGAUAAAUCUCCGAGUCAGGUUGGUGGUUUACCGCCUCCAUCUGGUCGUUUCUCGAGCUUUUCUUCAACUGGGAACCCUAAUUUUAAUGUGAAACCUGAGCCAACGACGUCGUCAUCGUUCCCGCCGCUAGCUCCAGGUGGUUCUAUCUCUGACGGGGCACAUUUCACUCAUCAGUCUGAUUCUAACCGUUUUAGCCAUGAUAUUAGCCGAAUGCCUGAUAAUCCACCGAAGAAUGUGGGCCACCGUCGGGCUCAUUCUGAAAUCCUCACUCUGCCUGAUGAUAUUAGCUUUGACAGUGAUCUUGGUGUGGUUGGCGGUGCGGAUGGGCCAUCUUUCUCGGAUGAGACUGAGGAGGACUUGUUGUCAAUGUAUCUGGAUAUGGAUAAGUUCAAUUCUUCAACAGCAACAUCUGGUUUUCAAAUGGGUGAGCCAUUGGCGGCUCCAGUUCCAGCACCAGCAGCAGCCCCGGCACAGGCGGCGGCUGGUGGUGGUGGGAGUUCUUCUGUAGAGAAUGCAGGCGUUGGGUCCACUGAGAGGCCCAGGAUUAGGCAUCAGCAUAGCCAGUCAAUGGAUGGUUCGACAAGUAUUAAGCCAGAGAUGCUCAUUGGGGGUUCAGAAGAGGCGCAUGGUGCUGAUUCUAAGAAAGCUAUGUCUGCUAACAAGCUUGCUGAGCUUGCUCUUAUUGAUCCAAAGCGUGCAAAAAGGAUCUGGGCAAACAGGCAGUCAGCUGCAAGGUCAAAGGAAAGAAAGAUGCGAUACAUAGCUGAACUUGAACGGAAAGUACAGACACUACAAACUGAAGCAACCUCAUUGUCUGCUCAAUUGACUUUAUUGCAGAGAGAUACAAAUGGUCUGACUGCAGAAAACAGUGAAUUGAAACUGCGCUUGCAAACAAUGGAGCAACAGGUCCACUUGCAAGAUGCACUAAAUGAUGCAUUGAAGGAGGAAAUCCAGCAUCUGAAGGUAUUGACUGGCCAAAAUAUGCCGAAUGGUGGACCUAUGAUGAACUUCUCUUCUUUUGGAGCUGGCCAGCAAUUUUACCCAAAUAAUCAAGCCAUGCAUACUCUUCUAACCGUGCAGCAGCUCCAGCAGCUCCAGAUUCACUCUCAGAAGCAGCAGCAGCAGCAGCAACAUCAGUUCCAACAGCACCAACUGCAUCAGCUUCAACAGCAACAGUUGCAGCAGCAGCAGCAGCAUCAGAUGCAGGAGCAGCAACAGCAACAACAACAACAAUCUGGGGACUUGAAAAUGAGAGGACCAGUUCCUUCUCCAAGCCAUAAAGAUAAUGCUUCAGAUGUCAACCCUUCUGCCGCAAAGGACUGAGGAGUGAAUCGGGCAGUUUUCAGAAUCUUAUUUUAAAUUUGUCCUCAGAUAGGAUAUUCUUACCAUUUCUUGUAGUUCGCUUAGAUGCAGCUUUAGACAUUUAAUUUUAGGCAGUGACCUUCUUUUUAGUUGGAGACUAAAUUAUAAGAGUUACCUAUCAUAUUACAUCGUAUAGUCUAUUUAGUGACUUUGUUACAGUGGCGUGUCCCUGAUUUAUCUAUUACAUCACAAUUUUGUAAGAUUUCCUUUCUUUCACGCCCACACACACAGAAAUUCAACCCCGUGUUGUCUUUUAUUUACAUUCUCUUGGCUCAUAGAGAAUUGUGGUGUGCGUGCCUUUGUCAUUAUUCAAGUGGAGCUCAUUGUGAAAGACUGCUGAUUCAUUUGCAUUGUCUGUGAUUCUGUAGUUGGUUUUCUGAAGCAGGAUUCCAACAGUAUUUUGAUAAUUCUGAAAGGCAACGUGGCGACUGCCGCGUCUCUUUCACUGUCAUCUACCCAAGAAUGCAGUUCACAGUCAGAUCCGUUCUUCCUCUUGUUCAAAUGUGUUUUCAGGUCACUCGCGUCCAACUUGGUGAGCUUUUAAACUAAUUCUUUCUUGGUCUAGUUCUUCACUCAGGUGGUUUCUGGAUAUAUUUUAGGGUACUUUUCUUAGAAACGCUUUCUGGGUAGAAGCACUUUCUGUAAUAAUGCCAAGUGUUUCUUUAAAACGGGUAUUCCUUUGUUUUAGAAACACUUCCUGUUUGAAAAUGCUUUUAAUGAUUUGAAAAAGCAUUUCAAACCGUACCUUGUUUGGGAAAAGAUUCAUGCCAGUCAUUUUUAUUAUUCUAU